GAACCAAACUAGCAGCCGCAGUAGCCCCGUCGUUUUGACAGACAGCACUCGACCCCCUACACUAUCAACGGCCUCGACUUUACCUUUCUUUCGUUUGUAUCCUUCUAGUACACUCGCUGAUUGUAAUUUUCUUGCGUGACUUGUCUGGCAGCUUGUUGCGCGCAUUGCUCUUGAAACAGCUGCAUUUCAAUCGUCCCGCGUCUCCCGUCCAUCACCAACAACGAAAUACUCAACCGUCCCUCGACGUGCAACAGCCUCUGGGCGACCGACCUGCGCUUGCUUGACGCCCACACUCGUUCCACGCUCCCACAGGGACGCGCCUCCCGACCAUGGCGUCCAACGUUCUCCAGCAGCCGUCACUGACUGCGCUGCCGCAGCACCAGCAGAACGAGAAUGGCAUCACAUCAGCUCUGGCGAGCCGCUACCACGCACAGCUGCCCAUCGCAACCCUCUCAUCACACGCCUUGGUCGCCUUCAACACGUUCAAGGACGCCGGCCGUGGCGUGGAUGGUGGCAAGGAUGGAAGCGCACACCAGUUUUCAGAGGACCUUGUCCAGCGAGCCUACAACCGUCUUGGGCAGCGUUCCGAGGACCAGGCCAUUGUGUUUUUGGGCGAAUCCGGUGCCGGAAAGACCACAAUCCGCGGGCACAUGUUGAGGUCGCUGCUUUCGUACUCUGCAACGCCGCUCUCCAAGAAGAUCGAGCACGCCAACUUCGUCUUCGAUGCCUUGACGACCGCAAAGUCUCUCACUACACCCAUCGCCUCCAAAUCCGGACUGCUGCUCGAACUCCAGUACAACACCUCCACCUCGCAUCACGCCACUCUGCUUGGCGCGCAGUUCUUGGGACACCGUCUUGAACGCAGCAGAAUUGCCUCUGUCCCCACUGGAGAGCGCAACUACCACGUCCUGUACUACCUCUUGGCUGGAACCAGCCCCGCCGAGAGAAAGCACCUCUAUCUCGAUGCGGCCGGAAGCGACACGGCAGGGAACCGCACAUCACUCGGCGCGAAUAAGAGGUGGCGCUACCUUGGCCAUCCGACGCAGCUCAAAGUUGGUAUCGAUGACCCCAAGGGCUUCCAGGACUUCAAGGCGGCCCUGCGCAAGCUGGAGUUUGGCAGGGAGAUGAUUGCAGGCAUCUGCGAGGUUUUGGCUACCAUUCUCCACAUCGGACAGCUCGAAUUCGAGACCGGCCAGGACACAACACCGGGCGCCAACGACAGCGGCGGCUACUCGCACGAGGGUGGUGAUUCCAUCACCGUGGUCAGGAACAAGGAUUGCCUGAUUCCCAUUGCUCAGUUCCUUGGUGUGAGCAUCUCGGAUCUGGAGCAAAGUCUGCGAUACAAGUCCAAGACACUGUACCGAGAGCGUGUCACGGUCAUGUUGGACCCCAAAGGUGCUCGUGCAAACGCAGACGAGCUCGCCCGAGCUCUCUACUCUUUGCUUGUCACAUACAUCAUGGAGCAGAUCAACUCGAGGAUAUCUGUUCUUCCCGACCAGGUUUCUAACACAGUUUCUCUGGUUGAUUUCCCAGGUUUCGCUCCUUCUGCCGCCACGGGCUCGUCCCUGGAUCAACUGCUCAACAACGCCGCCAAUGAGUCCCUUAUCCACUUUUGCCAAGAGAGUUUUUUCAAGCGCCAGAUGCAAGAGAUGGAGGCUGAAGAUAUUAGUAUACCGCCGAUGAACUUCUUCGACAACACUGAAGCGAAGAAUGGUAUGUUGAAGUCUGGAAACGGGCUUCUGAGCAUUCUCGACGACCAGAUGCGUCGCGGCAAAUCUGAUAUGCAAUUCCUGGAUGCAAUCAGGAGACGUUUCGAUGGAAAGAACUCGUCCAUUUUGCCAGGAAGCCUGACCGUUGUCCAGCCGGGUAGCAACUUCCCGACCCCCAACACCUCUACGUCGUUCACUAUUAGACACUAUGGUGGUGAUGUUGACUACAGUGUGGACGGUAUUCUUGAGGAAAAUGCGGAACUUAUCUCGGGUGACAUGAUGCACAUCUUGAAGUCUGCUCAGGCCUCUUUCGUCGAGCAAUUGUUCGAACAGGAAGCUCUUCACAAGAUCUCCCAUCCGAAGGAGAAGACUGCAAUCGUGCAAGCAUCUGUCAGCUCCAAGCCAUCAAGGAUGCCUAGCAUGGCACGGCGUGGGGCGGAGAAGACUGGGAGAUUUGGCCGUCAACUCAACGUCUUCGAUGAUGACGGCAUCAGUGACACCGAGAGCAAUGUCUCUAGCUCGCAAAAGGGUGGACAGUCAUCCACGAAGCAAACGGGUGCUGCUGCUCAAUAUGUCAGUGCGUUGAAGACCAUCGAGUCGUCUAUGCGCAAGGCCAACCCCUACUACGUUUUCUGCUUGAAGCCCAAUGAUCGACGAAUUGCCAACCAGUUUGACGUCAAGUGUGUUCGGACUCAGAUUCAAGCUCUGGGCAUCGCAGAGAUUAGCAAUCGCCUCCGUGCUGCCGACUACAGCAUCUUCAUGCCCUUCGCUGAGUUCCUUGGUCUGGCUCAGGCUGACACCGCCAUUGUAGGGAGUGAAAGGGAGAAGGCAGAGAUGAUCUUGGACAGCAAGCCGUGGCGGGAAAACGAAAUCCGUGUUGGUGCAACUGGCGUUUUUCUCAGUGAAAGAUGCUGGCUUGAGAUUGCCAAUAUCACAGACCUGACUCCUGCUCGCGGCUUCACAGGCUCCGACGACAACUUACUAACGCCAGAUGCCAAUCGAUCAUUCGGCGAUUCGCGAGCUGGACUUCUCUCGCCGGCGCCGGGCGACUUUUACAACGACAAGAGCGGUGCUUACUUUGGAAGCAAAGACGUUGAUGCCCGCUCAGAAGCGCCAUCAGGGAUCACUGGUGAUAUGUUCCAUGGAGUUGGGCAACACGAUGUGGUCGACGAGAAAGCUGCCGAGAAAAACAUGGAAGAAGUUGAUGUGUUGCCAGUUGAAGCAAGCCGAAAGCGAUGGAUGUUCAUCGUCUAUGCAUUCACUUGGUUCAUUCCCGACUUCCUCAUCCGGGUUGUUGGACGGAUAAAACGCAAGGAUGUGCGCAUUGCGUGGCGUGAGAAAUUGGCCAUUAACAUGAUCAUUUGGCUUAGUUGUGCCUUGGUCGUCUUCAUCAUGAUCGGGUUCCCCAUGUUGAUUUGCCCGAAACAGAAUGUGUUCUCUUCUGCUGAGCUCACUUCUCACGACGGAGUGGGCGACAACAACGCGUAUAUUGCCAUUCGAGGAUAUGUCUUCGAUCUCAAUAGCUUCAUGCCGCAUCAUUACCCAAGUAUCGUCCCUCAGAAAAGCCUCCUCAAGUACGCCGGUACAGACGCUACCAACUUGUUCCCAAUCCAAGUUUCUGCGCUGUGCAAUGGAGUUGACGGCGCGAUCCAUCCUGGUGUUUCCCUCAAUUACAAGACCUCCAACUACUCGUCAACCGUCUCAAACGUUAUCAGUACUACUGAUAAUAACGCCCAGUUCCAUGACUUCCGUUGGUUCACGAACGAUUCUCGCCCGGACUGGUGGCUCGAGCAACAAACAUUCCUCAAGUCUAACUACAUGAAGGGCAAGAUCGGAUACACGCCACAAUAUCUGAAAACUCUAGCCAAAAAGGGCAACUCUAUUGCUUACUUGGACAAUAAAGUAUUCGAUUUGAGCGAAUACAUUGUUGGAGGGCGAGAAGUCAAAUAUCCCACCAACGACGAUACAAAGUCAGAUAUAACUCCCAACACCAACUUCAUGGAUACCAACGUUGUUUCUAUCUUCCAGUACCAAUCUGGAAAAGACAUUCGCAAAUACUGGGAUAACCUCAAUCUGGAUGUCGCCAAAAAGCAAGACAUGCUGACCUGCCUCGAACGCCUUUUCUAUGUCGGUGAUUUGGAUACCAGGAAUUCGACCAAGUGUCAAUUUUCCACAUACUUCCUUCUCGCGUUGUCCAUCCUCAUGGUCAGUAUCAUUGGUGUCAAAUUCCUCGCCGCCCUUCAGUUCUCCAGGAAGACUCUCCCCGAAAACAUUGACAAGUUUAUUAUUUGCACGAUUCCUGCCUACACUGAGGAUGAGGAUUCACUUCGCCGUGCUAUCGAUUCCGCAGCUAGGAUGAAGUACGAUGACAAGCGCAAACUACUUCUCAUCGUUUGCGACGGCAUGAUUAUUGGGCAAGGUAACGACAAACCGACUCCUCGCAUCGUUCUCGACAUUCUCGGUGUUCCAGAAGCUACCGACCCAGACCCGCUGAGCUUUGAAAGUCUGGGUGAGGGUCAACGUCAGCACAACAUGGGCAAAUGCUACUCCGGUCUUUACGAGGUUCAGGGUCACAUUGUGCCUUUCCUGGUUGUUGUCAAGGUCGGUAAGCCUUCAGAGGUUUCCAAGCCUGGUAAUCGAGGCAAGCGCGACUCCCAGAUUAUUCUCAUGAGGUUCUUGAACCGCGUACACUACAACCUUCCCAUGAGUCCCCUCGAGCUUGAGAUGCAUCACCAGAUUCGAAACAUUAUCGGUGUCAACCCAACCUUCUACGAGUUCCUCCUACAAAUUGAUGCCGAUACGGUUGUCGCGCCCGAUGCAGCCACUCGAUUCGUCGCCGCCUUCCUUCACGAUACCCGCCUGCUUGCUAUUUGCGGAGAGACAGCGCUCGAGAACGCCAAAUCUUCGUUCGUUACCAUGAUGCAGGUGUACGAGUACUACAUUUCGCACAAUCUGACAAAGGCUUUCGAAAGUCUUUUCGGAUCAGUCACCUGUCUUCCCGGAUGUUUCACCAUGUAUCGUAUCCGUGCAGCCGAGACUGGAAAGCCUCUCUUCGUCAGCAAAGAAGUAGUGGAAGCCUAUGAGGUUGUCCGGGUCGAUACUCUCCACGACAAAAACUUGCUGCAUCUGGGAGAAGAUCGUUACCUCACGACUCUGCUCCUCAAAUAUCACCAGAAGUACAAGACCAAGUACACGAUGCGAGCAAAGGCCUGGACUGUGGCGCCCGACAGCUGGGCAGUCUUCAUGUCGCAGCGUCGUCGCUGGAUUAACUCGACAGUGCACAAUCUUGUCGAACUGAUUCCGUUGCAACAGCUUUGCGGUUUCUGCUGCUUCAGCAUGCGCUUUAUCGUGUUCAUUGAUUUGGUAUCGACUGUCGUUCAGCCUGUCAUCCUGGUUUACAUUGGUUACCUCGUCUAUCUUCUAGUGUGGAGCGACAGCGUCGUUCCCGUCACGGCGUUCAUCAUGCUGGGAGCUAUUUACGGUCUACAGGCAAUCAUCUUCAUUAUUCGUCGCAAGUGGGAAAUGCUCGGAUGGAUGAUCAUCUACAUCCUCGCCACUCCUGUCUUUGCUUUCGCGCUCCCCUUGUACUCUUUCUGGCACAUGGACGAUUUCUCCUGGGGCAACACUCGUGUUGUUACUGGAGAGACAGGCCAGAAGGUUGUCGUUUCCGACGAAGGCAAGUUUGACCCUGCAAGUAUUCCGAAGAAGAGGUGGGAGGAGUACCAAGCGGAGAUGUGGGAACAGCACACCAUCAGAGAUGAUCGCUCCGAGGUAUCUGGCUUCACCUAUGCCACCAGGAAACCCUACGCAACUGCCUCAGUGGCUGGGUCAGAGUAUGGAGGCAUGGCACCGUCACGUGCUAUGUCGCACCUUGACCCUAUGCGUUACGGUAACCAGUCGCGGAUCAGCCUAGCCCCGAGCGGGUACGGUUAUAACGACAGCAUGGAGAUGGCCAACCUGCCUAGUGACGAUCAACUCCUGAACCAGAUCAAGGUGAUUCUUGGAAGCUCAGACCUCAUGACUGUCACCAAGAAGUCUGUCAAGGUUGACUUGGAAGCUUACUUCCAAUGUGAUCUUUCGCUCAAGAAGCAAUUCAUCGGUCAGUCCGUCGAACAUUUGCUUUCGCAAGGAUGAGGAGACAUCAGUGAAGGCCCCUCCUUUGGCCUCUGGACAAGAUUCACACGUUGUUCUAGCACUCGUUCAUGCCGUCGUCUCUUGAGAUGGGGACGAGUGUGUCUUCCAUGUUUAUCACUAUUUAAUCCGCUCUUGUUGUCGUAGCAUGUUUCCGUAUUGGUCAAGGCGCAUUCAAUUUUAUACUGGCGUUCUGAGUUGGGGAAUUCAUACGGAUCUUGGUGAGAGUAGCAAGCUUGCAUCUACUCGUUGCGUUUUCGUGUAUUGC